AUGGCGCACGUGGGAGAAGCAUUUUCCGCCAAACCGCUCUGCUCAGAUCCCCCCAAUCCGCUCAACCUUUGCCCCCACACCUCGACGCCGCUCGGAUCUCCAGCAACUACUAGCGCCAACAAGACUUCAAGUCAUAUCGCCAGCAUGGGUCUCGAGGACGGGCUUUCCGAUGACGUGCGUGUGAUCACCGAGAAGUCGCUACCAGCCGACGCCUCCUCCUUCGGCCUGGGAGCCUUCGCCGGCACAAUGUUCAUCCUCUCCUCCUACCUCGCCGGGUGGGCGCCCGACUUGACGUGGGUGACGGUGGCGCUGUUCUACGGCGGCUUGGGGCAGUUCGUGGCGGGCAUGUGGCAGUACAAGCGCAACUGCGUCUUCUCCUCCACCUCCUUCUCUUCCUACGGCUGCUUCUGGAUGUCGCUCGGCCUCUUCUACUGCUUCAAGCUCUGGAAAUGGGUGCCGGCGGACUACGACGUGGCGGGCGCGGAGGCGUGGUUCCUGGUGGCGUUCUUCCUGUUCAACACGUACAUGCUGGCGGCGGCGUUCACGCUGUCCGUGGUGAACGUGGUGGUGUUCGGCCUGUACGAGCUCACGCUCGUCUGCCUCAUCAUCGGCGACUUCCUCAAGCAACCCGUCGACGGCGGUGCCUCCUGGAUCACCGCCGGCGGCUACAUCGGCGUCUUCACCUCCGUCUCGGCGUGGUACGCGUCGUUCGCGGUGCUCUUCAACGGCAUGGUCGAUCGCGAGAUCAUGUACCUCGGCAAGCCGCUCAUCAACAUCAAGCGCGACUAG